GGUGACGUGAAGUACGACGUCGAGACGUGGCUGACGUUUACUAGUUUGAAUUGUCGAACUUUUACAGUCUCUCGCUUGUGUAAAUUGCGCUCAUUAAUUACAAGACGAAAAAUCAGUGUAACUAUAUAAUUUAUAGUUGAAUAUUAUAAAUCUAUAUAACGAAAAAUGGAUCAAAUCGCUAAAUUUGUCGAACCUGGCAAGCAGUUCGCCAAGGACUCAAUCAGAUUAGUGAGAAGAUGCACGAAGCCUGACAGGAAAGAGUUCCAGAAGAUAGCGAUUGCAACAGCGAUAGGUUUCUGCAUCAUGGGCUUCAUAGGAUUCUUUGUGAAACUGAUCCACAUCCCAAUCAACAACAUCAUAGUCGGCUCGUGAACUCGCACACCACUCUAAGCUUUAGUUGUUAAUUAUCUCUAAGUCCGACAUGUCUAAGUUAAUUCACUUUCAUAUCUGUCAUACAAUUUUAUUAGAAUAAAUUAUUUCAUUUUCUAA